CCUCAUCUUCGCUUAAACGCCGAUGCCAGCCAGUAUUCUUCUACUGCUCUUUAUCCUUGUGUUCUGUUUGUCAAAUAAUGGUGUGCACGCCUUUGGGGCAGGCAACAUUCCUUCAUAUGCAUUUGUCGAAGGCAAGGCAUUUAGGCAUGGUGAUAUCGAGGAUGCGCUUGCAGACCUCGUGAAGAAGGGGGUUGGUGGAUUCGCACUUUCCAGUCUCAUUGGAAAGGGUCCCAAGUUUGGUGGCCUCGACAUUAAGCGCGUAUAUUUUGGCAAUUGGUUGAGAGAUUACAGCCAGGCUGUUGACAUCAGUACACUGAAGAAAACGAAUCUGCAAACGAUCCUCAAUUUAGUUAUGGUGCUCGGGUUUAUGGCCAAUGGAUAUGCCACUGGGGAAUUUGAAGUUACACCAGAGAGACUGGGUGCAUAUUUACCAACAGAACAUAUUGAUAACCCGAAAGGUUAUGGAGAGGGAGAAGAUGCACGGCAGUAUGACCCCAGACUGCGCGGCCCUGUCCACCCUGAUGAACUCGCCAUCGAUCCGCAGACAGGAAUGAAAAACUAUAUCGCAAAUGAAAAUGGCCAUUGGGAUACAUCUAAGUCCCUCGUGCGUAGAGUACUCCAGCAGUGCAUUUACCUCGGCAGGAAAUAUAAGAGUUCUGGAGAUAACGCGGAUCAAUACGAGGCGUUUAGGCUCCUCGGACAAGCUCUCCACACCCUUGAAGACUUCCCUGCGCACUCUAAUUUCUGCGAGCUUGCUCUUGUUUCCAUGGGACACGGUGAUGUAUUUGUGCAUACUGGUGAUGCCGUACGAGUGCGAGCACAUAACGGAAAGAUGGUCGCGCCAAUCGUUACUGGAACGUUUGGAUCGAGUGAUUUUAUUCACAGCCUGCUUGGAGAGGCUACCGAUCACAUCAGUGAAGCUUCUGUCACGGAUCUCAAUAAAGAGUUUGAUCGUGCACGAUCUAAAUCUAAUUCGUCGAGUGCCAUACUCCGCGAUGCUUUCCUUAAACUUCCUGGUGGAAGUGGUGAUAAGAUGCGCGGCGAUAUGGAAGGCAUCGAGCGCAUGCGCACUGGGAUGGAACGUGGGGAUAGGCGGCCUGAGGACAUGAGCCCGCAAGAGUUGCAUAGCGUGCUGUGGAAGAUCUUGAGCUUCAGAGAUUCUGUCAUGAAAGGCAUAUCGGGGACGUUGGAGAAGAUCCCUGGACUGAACUCGAUUGUAGAGAAGAUUCAAGAUUCAAUUUCUGUGUUCGUUUUCACUACUUUGGAGCCUUUUUUGAAACCAAUCCUGGAGACUGCGACGGCUGGACUAUCAUCGGCCUCGUCGGAGGUUAUCAACAAGCAUGAUCAAUAUGAGGUGUUCAACAACCCGUACGCUAGCGACCCCACGCAUUCUUUCCUUAGCAAAGAUCACUUCAACUUGAUCCUAAAUGAACCUGCCGGUAAUAUCGCAAAAAUCAUUCUUAAACAUACUGUGAAUUUGGUUACGAAGGCCUGGGACGACAGUUCACUCGAUGUGAACCAGGUCACAGAUCAGGCUUUGCAGUGCCUCUUCCAUCCCGACUUUCACCAGUCUUCUUUCGUAGUCCAGCAUGAAAUGCUGGAAUACAUGAGAUCGUGGGUGCAGAGUCUCGGGCGUAAUCAGCACGCCAUACUUGCACGUCUCACGAAGGAAUCGGUGCGAGCGCAGAACAGCACUCGGUUAGCCGCCGAUGGGAGUGCUCCCGUUUCUCAUGCACAGAAUGCGCAGAUGCAGCAGGGCAUCCAGGGGUUUGCGCAGGGGAUUCCCGGUGCUACACAGAUGCAGGGUCUGAUGAACAUGGUGGGUGGGUCUGCGGGGACGGGACGAGAGGGCGGUCAGUCCAGUGGGCAGCCCGGUUCCUACUACUCGAGGCCAGAGACAACCGUCUCGUAUGGGACUGUACAAACUACCAGCUCGAGCUACGCGCCUCCUUCAGCCCCACUGCCACCGUCAGCGGCAUAUGCCCCUGGUUCGCAUGCGCAGCACUCGCAGAGUGGGCCAUUGUUCCAUUCGCCUCCUGCCCAGAGCCAGUACGCACCGUCCUACGUGCAGCCGUCCCCUUCCAUGUCAUCAUCAUUCACCAGCGCGAGCAGCACGUACACACAGAACGUGCAGGGUGUGCCUGGUGGGUAUCCGAGCGCCAGACCUUUCGGCGGAUAUCCACCUCCGUCGUCGAAUGCUCCAUUUAUAGGCGGGUACCCGAGCGCUAGACCUACAAGCGGCUAUCCGCCGCCAAACAUUCCAUCACCAACUUUUCCACCUGCAGGUGAUUACUCUACAUCACACCGUCCGCAAGUAAGCGGCCCACCUCCAGGUGAAUUCCUUGACGAACAUCGUGGCACCCACGGUCACGAGUUCCCCGAAGCGCCGGUGUAUGGUAGCCGUUAUGAGCAACAUGCGUUCGAUAACGAUGAUCGGGACCAACAACAGGCUUCCUUCCCGUCGCCAGGAGGCUACUCCCCGCGAAAUGAUCCGUAUGAUAAUAGGAGAUGGUGAAACACUCGAAGAGGCGAGCAAAUGAAUACAUGUUUAAUGAUGUAUGUUUUUUGUGUCAUGUAGCACAGGAAUUUGGUAUCAUGUCUGAAGCAGCGAACAUUUUGAGUACAUUGAAUAAGUU